AUGAAUCAGCUUCAAGUCUUCAUUUCGGGCCUCAUACUGCUUCUCCCAGGUGCCGUGGAUGCUUAUACAGUAGUACAGGGGCUGGUAGGUCACCCUGUCACACUUCCGUGUACUUACUCCACACACCAUGAUGGAAGCGUUCCUGCGUGUUGGGGCCGAGGAGAAUGCCACUAUUCUUAUUGUAUAAGGACACUUAUCUGGACCAAUGGAAAUAAGGUCACACAUCAGAGGAGCAACCAAUACCAGCUAAAGGGAAAUAUUUCAGAAGGAAAUGUAUCCUUGACGAUAGAGAACACUGUUGUGAGUGAUGGUGGUCCCUAUUGCUGUGUAGUGGAGAUUCCUGGAGCAUUCUAUUUUGUGGACUAUUUGUUGGAAGUUAAACAAGAAAUUCCCACAAGUCCUCCAACAAGACCCACAACUACAGGAAGACCCACAACUACAGGAAGACCCACAACUACAGGAAGACUCACAACUACAGGAAGACUGACAACUAUUUCAACAAGAUCCACACAUGUACCAACAUCAACCAGAGUUUCUACCUCUACUUCUCCAACACCAGCACACACGCAGACUCACAAACCAGAAUCCACUACAUUUCAUCCAGAUCAGACAACAGCCGAGGUGACGAAAACCCCAUCCUAUAUUCCUGCAGACUGGAAUAACACUGUGACAUCCUCAGAUGACUCCUGGAAUAAUAACACUGAAGCAAUCCCUCCACGGAAGCCACAGAAAACCCUGACUAAGGGCUUCUAUGUCGGCAUCUCCAUUGCAGCCCUGCUCCUGCUGCUGCUUGUGAGCACUGUGGCUGUCACCAGGUACAUAAUUAUGAAAAAGAAGUCGAGCUCUCUGAGCUUGAUUCCCUUCCCAGUCUCUAAGAUUGGAGCUUCCCAAAAAAAAGUGGUGGAGCAGGCCAGAGGUGAAGACAAAGUCUACAUUAUUGAAGACAGUCCUUAUCCUGAAGAAGAGUCCUAGUGGCCCUCUGAGGCGCCUUCUGCCUGAGAAUAAAGAGACCGUCAC